AUUAGUUGAGGUAAAAUGAAAUUUCAGCUAGCAAUCUGUUUGGUUCUUUUGGCAGCCACCAGUUUGGCCAAUGCCUAUGAAGGCGAUGGGCAGCCGGCCUGCCGCUCGCAGGAGGAAUUGGAUGUGGCCAUCUAUCGCGAUAGCUGGGAUCCUACUGCGUUCUGGAAAUGCGAGUCGCUCAAUGAGCCCGCUUCCAAGUUGCGUUGCCCGGCCGAGAUGGGUUUCCUCGACAGCGUUAAGGAGUGCGUCCCCUGGGAAGAGUGGUCUUGGGAGAAGCCAAAAGCACCACCCAGCGAGCUGGAUGAUGAGUAAACUACAACAACAAUAACAACAACAACCAAUGUGUAUAAUUGGAAAAGCCAAACGUGACAUUUAAUUAUUGUCAUUGAAUUCAAUAUUAAAACUGCGCUAGGCGGCUUAUUAACGCAACAAAAAUAAUCUGAAUUAAA